ACGGCGGAUGGGACAACUUCGGGGAAUCAUGGCCCAAGUAGCGAUGUCCACACUACCUGCUGAAGAUGAGGAGUCCUCGGAGAGCAGAAUGGUGGUGACGUUCCUCAUGUCUGCCCUGGAGUCCAUGUGUAAAGAGCUGGCCAAGUCCAAGGCUGAGGUGGCCUGCAUCGCCGUGUACGAGACGGACGUGUUUGUUGUUGGAACUGAGAGAGGACGUGCUUUUGUCAAUACCAGAAAGGAUUUCCAAAAAGAUUUUGUAAAAUAUUGCGUUGAGGAAGAGGAAAAGGCAGCCGAGAUGCAUAAGAUGAAAUCUGCAACCCAGCCGAAUCGGAUGAGUGUGGACGCUGUGGAGAUUGAAACACUCAGGAAAACGGUGGAGGAUUAUUUCUGUUUUUGCUAUGGAAAAGCUUUAGGCAAAUCCACAGUGGUCCCUGUGCCGUAUGAGAAGAUGCUACGUGACCAGUCAGCUGUGGUGGUACAAGGGCUUCCUGAGGGAGUUGCCUUCAAGCACCCUGAACAUUACGACCUUGCAACCUUGAAGUGGAUUUUGGAGAACAAGGCGGGGAUCUCGUUCAUCAUUAAGAGACCUUUCCUUGAACCGAAGAAACACCUUGGUGGCCGAGUGAUGGCAUCAGAUCCUGAGAGGACCAUCCUGUCUCCUGGUGGAAGUUGUGGCCCCAUCAAAGUGAAAACGGAACCCACGGAAGACUCUGGCAUUUCUCUGGAAAUGGCCGCUGUGACAGUUAAGGAGGAGUCAGAAGAUCCUGAUUACUAUCAGUAUAACGUUCAAGGCCCUUCUGAAACUGAUGAUGUUGAUGAAAAGCUCCCCCUUUCGAAGGCUUUGCAAGGAAGCCGUCAUUCCUCAGAAGGCAACGAAGGAACAGAAGUGGAAAUACCCGCAGAAGAUUCUACUCAACAUGUCCCUUCAGAAACAAGUGAGGACCCUGAAGUUGAGGUGACUAUUGAAGAUGACGAGUACUCCCCGCCCACCAAGAGGCCAAAGAGCAACGAGCCGCCCCCUCCGCCGCCAGUCCCAGAGCCCGUCAACGCUGGCAAGCGCAAAGUCAGGGAGUUCAACUUCGAGAAAUGGAACGCACGCAUCACUGACCUGCGGAAACAAGUGGAGGAGCUGUUCGAAAGAAAAUAUGCUCAAGCUAUAAAAGCCAAAGGUCCGGUGACGAUCCCAUACCCUCUCUUCCAGUCCCAUGUUGAAGAUCUUUAUGUAGAAGGGCUUCCCGAAGGGAUUCCUUUCAGAAGGCCAUCGACAUACGGCAUUCCUCGCCUUGAGAGGAUCUUGCUGGCAAAGGAGAGGAUCCGCUUUGUGAUUAAGAAAAAUAAAGCUAUCCGCCUGACUAGGGAACAGGCGAACCUCCGCUGUCCCCUCACAGUGAAGGAGGAGUGGUAUGCACGCAUCACCAAGCUGAGGAAGAUGGUCGACCAGCUCUUCUGCAAGAAAUUUGCGGAGGCCCUGGGGAGCACUGAAGCCAAGGCUGUACCAUACCAAAAAUUUGAGGCCCACCCCAAUGACCUCUAUGUGGAAGGACUUCCAGAAAACAUUCCUUUUAGAAGCCCCUCGUGGUAUGGAAUCCCAAGACUGGAAAAAAUCAUCCAAGUGGGCAAUCGGAUUAAAUUUGUUAUCAAGAGGCCCGAACUCCUGACUCACAGUACAACAGAAGUGACUCAACCACGGACGAAUACGCCAGUCAAGGAAGAUUGGAAUGUCAGAAUCACCAAGCUUCGCAAGCAGGUGGAAGAGAUCUUUAAUCUGAAGUUCGCUCAAGCUCUUGGCCUCACAGAGGCAGUGAAGGUGCCCUAUCCUGUAUUCGAAUCAAAUCCGGAGUUUCUGUAUGUGGAAGGGCUGCCUGAAGGGAUCCCCUUCCGAAGCCCCACCUGGUUUGGGAUUCCACGCCUUGAGAGGAUUGUCCGUGGCAGCAAUAAGAUCAAGUUUGUUGUUAAAAAGCCUGAGCUAGUUGUGUCCUACCUGCCUCCUGGGAUGGCUAGCAAAGUCAACACUAAAGCGUUGCAGUCCCCCAAACGGCCACGAAGCCCUGGCAGCAACUCCAAGGUGCCUGAGAUUGAGGUCACUGUGGAAGGCCCCAACAACAACAGCCCUCAAACGUCCACCGUUCGAACUCCUACCCAGACCAACGGUUCAAACGUUCCCUUCAAGCCUCGGGGGAGAGAGUUUUCCUUUGAGGCCUGGAAUGCCAAAAUCACAGACCUGAAGCAGAAGGUGGAAAACCUUUUCAACGAAAAAUGCGGGGAAGCUCUUGGCCUUAAACAGGCAGUCAAAGUGCCGUUCGCGUUGUUCGAGUCCUUCCCGGAAGACUUCUACGUGGAAGGCUUACCCGAGGGGGUGCCCUUCCGAAGACCAUCCACAUUCGGCAUUCCGAGGCUGGAGAAGAUCCUCCGGAACAAGGCCAAGAUCAAGUUCAUCAUUAAAAAACCUGAGAUGUUCGAGACGGCCAUCAAAGAGAGCACCUCUUCCAAAAGCCCUCCGAGGAAGAUAAACUCCUCACCCAACAUUAAUACUACUGCAUCAGGUGUGGAAGACCUUAACAUCAUUCAGGUGACGAUUCCAGAUGACGAUAAUGAACGACUCUCCAAAGUUGAAAAGGCCAGGCAGCUGCGGGAGCAGGUCAACGACCUCUUCAGUCGGAAGUUUGGUGAAGCUAUUGGGAUGGGCUUCCCUGUGAAGGUUCCCUACAGGAAGAUCACCAUCAAUCCCGGCUGUGUGGUGGUCGAUGGCAUGCCCCCCGGGGUGUCCUUCAAAGCCCCCAGUUACCUGGAGAUCAGCUCCAUGAGAAGGAUCUUAGAUUCUGCUGAGUUUAUCAAGUUCACUGUCAUUAGACCAUUUCCAGGACUUGUGAUUAAUAACCAGCUGGUUGAUCAGAGCGAGUCCGAGGGCCCUGUGAUACAAGAGUCCGCUGAGGUGAGCCAGUUGGAAGUUCCUGCAACAGAAGAAGUUAAAGACACGGAAGGGAGCUCACAGAUCAAGCAGGAGCCCGACCCCACGUGGUAGACACGUCUCCAGGCUCGGCUUCCAGUGAGUGGUGGAGAAGAGCUUUCGGCCCCGCCUGCCGGCUCUGUAAUAUACUUGUAUAACAGAAAUACCUUCUAUACAAACCUUCUUUUCUACUUCUAGAUAGAAAUGUCUACUUUCUCAGCGGUUCUGUGAAUUGAACUACGCAGCAGCGUGACGAGAGGCGCGUGCCUGGCUGGCUUGGGGAUGCACUAGAGGAGGAUUUCACAGCCGUGCUGGAAAGAGACAGGGAAUGGCAGGGACGACUCGUAGAUUUUUUUUAUGCAUUGGGCAGAGCCUUGGGCCGCGGCGCGUAUUCCAGUCAGUGGAGUACACUCCUCCAACCCGGCAUCUUGGCUUCCGCAGCGAAGAAGCCCGGGCUAGUCAGUGCUUUAGUUCUUCUCUUGAAAAUCAUUUCCGUGAUCGAUCGCGCACUCGGCUCCCCUUCCCGCCCGCCCCGCGGGAGGGCUGCUGUCUGUCCGUCUGACUAAGCCUUUGCCUAAGCUCUAUCAUGGUUCCUCUUGUUCUCGCUGCAAUUAAGAGCAAGGCUGGCCGCCUCACCCGACGGGACGGCCAGUGAGCAGCCAGCGUCUCCGCAGAGAGGAGACAUUCUCAGAGCCUCUUUUCACCCUUACUUUGCAGCAAGUACAUGUCUGGGUGUGCCCUGAAGGUCAGAGGUCGGAGGUCAGGUAUGCAUGCUUUAGCAGCUGGCUCACUAAACCCUCCCCAGCUGGGAGCCACAGUGGCCUGGGGUGCUCUGGGACGCAGUCGGGCCGGGCAGGGCGUCUGUCUGUCUGUCUGUCUGGCCGGGUGUGGGGAGUGAGGCAGGCAGGCUCGUGUGCACCUCCGUGUUCACACCCUCUGGGCCUGAAAGCUCCCGGACGGAGCAGUUGUAGAGAAUCACAGCUCUGGAGACUUAGAGGAUGUGAGGGCGCGGCGGGGCACCACGAUGACUAUGGGAAAUUAUAUCACACGUAGCAGAGUUAGGCAUUUUUAUGUGUUCCUUAUAUUUUACCUCAAAUUGUAGAUAUAGGGUAAUAAAUAAAAUCCACCCAUGCCUUUCACACGCAAA